AUGCCUGUGAAUUAUCCGUUUCUUACGGCGUCUAUCGUUGGUGUCCUCACUCUCCUCUUAUACUUCAAGGUGGGAGAGCAUCAUCUUGCACCCCAGCGCUAUGCAUUUUCUGUGGUAGCUAGUUUUCUCUCUGGUGUGGUCUUCGUUCGGUCUCCCAUUCUCUUCGACAAGCCCAGCCCAGAUUGGAUGUCUGCCGUCAUCUUGUCAACACAGAUUCAUGCAUCGUUCCUUGGUGGGCUAUACGCCAGCCUCAUUACAUACCGGCUCUUCUUCCAUCCUCUAAACAAAUUCCCAGGCCAAAUAGGAGCGCGUAUCUCGAUUUUCUGGUUGUGCUAUCAUGUCCGCGGCCUCGAUGCAUGGAGGAAGAUUGCCGCGCUUCACGACCAAUACGGCCCGUAUGUUCGAGUUGGCCCGUCCGAGUUGUCGGUGCGUGAUCCAAAGGGCGUGCUGGCCCUUCAUGGACCCAUGUCGAAGUGCAAAAAGGAUCCUCACUACGACUUGACCAAGCCCAUGACUUCUCUCCAUAUGUUCCGCGACAGGUCUCUUCAUAACAGUCUCCGCCGCGUCUGGAGUCAGGCGUUUAGUGAUCGGGCCCUGAGAGGGUACGAGCAACGGAUACGGGGAUACCGCAACAUCUUGUUUGAUAGAAUCACAGCUGCUGAGGGCCAGCCAAUCGAUAUGGCAAAGUGGUCCCGCUUCUACAGCUUCGACGUCAUGGGCGAUCUCGCUUUUGGGAAAUCGUUCAGCAUGCUAAACACUUCUCGGAACCAUUGGGCCAUCGAUUUACUUGAUGCUGGUGUUUUGCCUUUGGCUUUGCAACUACCCGUAUGGCUGUUAAGGCUUGGAAUGAGCAUUCCCAUACUAUCAAGAGACUGGUGGAAAUUUAUCGGGUUUUGUCGGGAUAGUCUGCAGAGUCGAAUGAAGUCUGAGCCAGAGGUCCCUGAUAUCAUGUCGACGUUGCUAGAGCCACUGAAAGGGAGGGAACCGACCCAAGAGGAGACAGACCUGUUGAUUGGAAAUGCCCAGCUUAUAAUAGGUGCGGGGAGUCACACAACGGCUGCAAGCCUGGCUUCCAUAUUAUACGAGCUGGCAAAGCACCCACGGCACGUUGGAAAGCUACGCCAAGAGCUUGUAUCCUUGGUCCGGGACUCACGGUUUGAUGCUUCUCCAGACGAGCUGGCGCAUCUCGAGCAUUUAAAUGCGGUUAUUAAUGAGACAAUGAGACUCCACCCUCCAGUUCCGACGACCAUAUACCGUCUCACGCCUCCUGAGGGAAUCAUGAUUGGUAGCGUUCAUGUCCCUGGGAGCAUAGCUGUGAUGUGCCCGCAGUAUGCAGUCGGGAGGAAUGAAACAGUUUAUUCGAAAGCAGACUCAUUUAUUCCAGAACGUUGGUACCAGUUUCCGGAUAUGAUCAAGGACAAAAAUGCGUUUGCGCCAUUCUCGACAGGCCCAUAUGGCUGUAUUGGAAAGCGCCUGGCGCUAAUGGACAUUCGCCAGAUGAUUGCAAGGCUCGUUUGGGUUUUUGAUUUUUCUUUUGCACCUGGGGAAGAUGGAGCUAGCUUUGAAAGGAAUGCUAUUGAUGCGUUUAUGAUGACAUUUGGUGAGCUGAGAUUAACGCUCAGGCCUAGGGAAAUUAUAUAG